AUGCCAUGGAGCACAUCAGAUGGAAGCUCCAGCAUCCAAGGAGAAGAGGGCACACACUCUCUCCAGGCCUCAGCACACACCAAAUCCUUGUUCAGAGGCCUGCUGGAUGAAAAGGUGGCUGAUUUGUUGCAUUUCAUGGUCCUCAAAUAUCGACUGAAGGAGCCCUUCACAAAGGCAGAAAUGCUGAAAGUUGUCAUCAAAAAGGACAAAAACCAAUUCCCUGUGAUCUUCAAGAAAGCUUCUAAGUGCCUAGAGGUGAUCUCUGGCAUUGAUGUGAAGGAAGUGGACCCCAAAAUCCACUCCUAUGUCCUUGUCAACUCAUUAGACCUCACCCAUGAUGAGAUGCAUAGUGAUGACCAGAGCAUGCCUAAAAAUGGCCUCCUGGCAAUCAUCCUGGGUGUGAUUUUCAUAGAGGGCAACUGCGCCCCUGAGGAAAACAUCUGGGAUUUCUUGAAUACGAUAAACGUGUAUGCUGGGAGGGAGCACUUCAUUUAUGGGGAGCCCAGGAAGCUCAUCACCAGAGACUGGGUGCAGGAGAAUUAUCUGGAGUACCGGAAGGUGUCUAAUAGUGAUCCUCCACGGUACGAAUUCCUGUGGGGUCCAAGGGCCUAUGCUGAAAUCAGCAAGGUGAAAGUUCUGGAAUUUUUGGUCAAGGUCAAAGGAACUGACCGCAUUUCCUUCUCACACUGGUAUGAGGAGGCUUUAAGAGAUGACGAAGAGAGUCGGGGCCCCAGUUGGCCCCUUGGAUAG